AUGCGUUUCGUCAUUCUGCUCUGGUUGGUGGCGCGCAUUGAAUUUGGCCUCGGGAAACUGAUCCGAAUGAACAUUCCCGUAGAUGAUGCUGGAACAGUGCCAUUCACGACUACCCUGUUCUCCCUCAUUCGGGAGUCGCUAAGCAUUAAGGUGGGUCCGGCCUCCGUGAUGGACAUCAAGGAUGCAGAACUGAGGGAAACCCUGAAGGCUAUGUGGCCUUUGCAAGCCAAAAAAGUAGCAAAUAUUUUGGUGCCCAAUGACGCAGAAUACUGCGAACACACUGAUGCCUUUGAUGACGAUGGUGGUUGUGGGGGUGGUUUUGGGAGCGGCUGCGGCGACGGCACUUUUAUGAUACUGCGGAGGGUAACGAUGACAAUGUCGAUGGCAGCCAUGGCGAUAAUAUUGUUAUGA